CGACGCCUGGUUGCGCGAGGACGUGGGCUUUGGAGCGUGCGCAGUGGGAGCGUCGGUGACGACCCCUCGGCCUCGCACGGGAGGGGGCGACGUCGAGAUGGGGGCGGCGGAGGCGGACUGCACUCUCUUUGUGGGCAACCUAGAAACCAAAGUGACUGAGGAGCUCCUUUUCGAGCUUUUCCACCAGGGCGGGCCAGUAAUAAAAGUGAAAAUUCCAAAAGAUAAGGAUGGUAAACCCAAGCAGUUUGCAUUUGUGAAUUUCAAACAUGAAGUGUCUGUUCCUUAUGCAAUGAAUCUACUUAAUGGAAUAAAACUUUUUGGAAGGCCCAUCAAAAUUCAGUUUAGAUCAGGAAGUAGCCAUGCCUCACAGGAUGUUAGUUUGUCAUAUUCCCAGCAUCAUGUUGGAAAUUCAAGCCCUACCUCCACAUCUCCUAACAGACAUGAAAGGACUGUGGAUAACAUGACUCCAUCACCACAGAUAAUUCAGAGAUCUUUCUCUUCUCCAGAAAAUUUUCAGAAACAAGCAGUGAUGAACAACGUUUUGAGACAGAUGUCAUAUGGCGGGAAAUUUGGUUCUCCACAUCUUGAUCAAUCAGGAUUUCCCCCAUCAGUUCAGUCACAUAAUCAUAGUUACAACCAGUCUUCAAGCUCCCAGUGGCGUCAAGAUGCACAAUCAUCACUGCGUAAAGCCAGGCAGAGUUCUCAUCCCUACCUAGCAGACAGACACUAUAGCCGUGAGCAGCAUUACAGAGGACACAGAGAUGAUUACUUCUAUGAAGACAGGAAUCACGAUGGCUGGAGCCAUGACCAUGAUAACAGGAGAGACAGCAGUAGAGCUGGAAAGUGGCAUUCAUCUCGAAACUAACAAGUGUUCAAAGGACAUUGUUUUUAUAGGGUCAUCCUAGGCCCUUUGGACUAAGUUGAUCUGGAAAUGUUUUGUUAAAACUGUACAGAGCAGUUUUAUAAGAUGCCACAUUUCUUUAUAAAACUUUUAAAAUGUAGCUAUAGUCUAAUACAGAAAUGAGAAGACUUGUGAUUACUGUUUUUACACUAAUAACCUUUCACCUCAGGGUUUCAUGAAGAGGAAAGCGUUCAAUGCGCAAAAGAAAGUUCCGCAAUUUCUAAUCGUUUUAGAAAUUGGGGAAAGCACGUGUUAUCUGUAUUGGUUGUAUCAUAAAGCAAAUAUUUUAAUGAUCUUUUCUCUAUUGUAUUGCAAGAACCUGUUUAUUAGUGAAUCACAUUUUGUGUAUAUAAUAGAAAACAUUCAAGUUGGUAGUCUAAAAUACAGUAGUAUUUUUGAACAAAUGAGAAAAUGUAAUUUCAGUGAUUCGUUUCACUAACAUUUGAGAAAGAUUAUUGAUAAAGUUUGAAAAUAAUUAUAUUGUUUAAUUUCAUAGAGAAUGUAGGUGUAUAAGGUCUGUGACAUGCUCUUUGAGUUUUGCCCUAAUUGGGUAUCAAGUGUAAAUCUACAGUUCCUAUUUCAUUCUAAAGUAUUAGAAUUUUCUCAUUAAAUCAUGUUUGACUGAACAACUGAAGUCACUCAGGAAGUUAAAUAUCUGUAAAUGUUUUUUCCUUUUAAUUAAAAAUUCAGUGUUAGUGUAAAUUCUCCUUUUUAGGAAGAACAAAAAUGCAAAUGCAGAGUCAGAUAAAAUGAUUUAUGAAAGUAUGCUUGUUUGGGAAAAGGUUCACAAAGCCUUUAAGUGCUGCCUCUAUUACUCAAACUUUAAAAAUUACAAUUUUUAAAGUGCCCAGGGUAUGUGUGCAAGGACACGUUUUAUUAUAGGGAUUGUACAUGUUGUCUUUCUGUUUGAACAUUUGAAAGAGUUAAGUCUUAAACACUUUCUGAUUUUAAAAUGUUUAAAUCCUGUUAAAACUUUUAUGUAUCAAGAUGUUUCCCUUUAAUUGUAGAACUUGUUUAUACAAAUUCACUCCUUGAUAUAUUUGGAUCCUUUUUAAUAACGAUAGCGUUUUUAUACUGUUACUUUUUAAUAUAUUGAAAACAUAAAAA